AUGCUCAAGUCAACUAUCCGCCUCACAUCCGUCGUCGCUGCCCACACCACCGCUCCCUCAGCAGCAGCAGCAACAGCCGCCGCUGCCCGAUCCUUCCACACCUCCCCUCAGUCAAGCAAACAGAACAAUAAGAUCUACUCGACUGCAGAUGUCCCCGCCGUCUCGGGAGUACCCCAUCUCUUGACCGAUAACGAUCUUUCUCCAAAGCAAUUGUCGGAUAUCAUCCAAAGUGCCUGCCUGUUCAAACAUCAGGCAAAGGUUCUGGGACAGCCUAGUGGUGCACCUUUGGCGGGGAAGACUAUGGCGUUGAUGUUCUCUAAACGAUCGACUCGUACUCGUGUCGCCACCGAGACCGCCGUCGCUUAUCUUGGUGGACAUGCGAUGUUUUUGGGGUCCCAGGAUAUUCAAUUGGGCGUGAACGAGUCGCUGCUGGAUACCUCCAAGGUUGUCUCGAGCAUGGUCGACGGCAUUAUGGCCCGCGUCGGAGCCCACUCCGAAAUCGAGACGCUGGCAAAGUACUCCACGGUGCCGAUCAUUAACGCCCUCUCAGACCUGUACCACCCAACCCAAAUCCUCGCAGACCUCAUGACCCUCCACGAACUCUACACUCCCUCAGGAUCCGACCCCCACACCACCACCCCCACAUCAACUCUCAAGAACUUGCGUCUGGCCUGGGUCGGAGACGGGAACAACAUCCUGCACUCGUUGAUGUUGCAGUUGCCCAAGGUCGGAAUGCAUAUCACCAUGGCGACACCCAAGGGGUAUGAGCCUAAUGCCGAGAUCUUGAAGCAGGCACAGAAGAAUGCCAAGGUUCAUGGCACGGAUUUGGAGAUUUAUCAUGAUCCUAAGGAUGCGCUUCGUAAUGCCGAUAUCAUCGUUACCGACACCUGGAUCAGUAUGGGACAGGAGGAAGAAAAGAAGCAGCGCGUCGCAUCGUUCGCAGGAUACCAAUUGACGACCGAUCUGAUCGAACAGAGUGGCGCCAAUGCCGACUGGAAGUUCUUGCACUGUCUCCCUCGCAAGCAGGAAGAGGUCACCGAUGAUGUUUUCUAUUCGCCUCGUUCGCAUGUCUUCCAGGAAGCCGAGAACCGCAAGUGGACGAUCUUGGCGUGUAUCAACCAGCUCCUUGUCAAGAAGGGCUUCUAG